AUGGAGGCCUUGAUGGGUGGCCAGUGCGCGGCGCAGAGCGUCGGACCGGCCAAUCAACUGUUCGGGCUGCUGGUGCAGACUAUCCUGGCGGCGCAGUGCGCGAUUUCACCCCCGGACAUGUGGCCGAAAGACUACGGCCCGACGGCACUGGCGCAAGGUUUGGACGAGUACGAUUUCGUGAUCGUAGGUGCCGGAUCGGCUGGUUCCGUUGUGGCGAACCGUCUGUCCGAAAACCCCGACUGGAAGGUGUUGCUGCUGGAGGCUGGUGGUGAUCCACCGAUCGAAUCGGAGAUUCCUUUUUUGCAAAUACACUUAGAAAAAUCAAAUGUAGAUUGGGUUUACUAUGCCCACUCGAGUGAUGGAAGCAAUCCAAACGAUCGUACUGCCUGCCGGGCUUCAAUGUCACCGGAAGGUUGCUAUUGGCCACGAGGUAAAAUGCUCGGAGGUUCUGGUGCGAUGAACGCGAUGGUCUAUAUUCGUGGCAAUGCACGCGACUACGAUACAUGGGAAGCUAUGGGCAACGCUGGUUGGGGAUGGAAGAACGUUUUACCGUACUUCCGCAGGUCGGAAAACAACCACGAUGCGGCGGUGGUUGAUGAUGGGACAUUCCACGGUACGGGAGGCUACUUAUCCGUCAGCAGCACUACCGGUGAUUCGGAAAAGAUGGAGCAACUGUUAGCGGCUGUUCGGGAAAGUGGAUACAAACAUUUGGAAGACUUCAACGGUAAAGAUCACGUUGGUUUUGGGCGCAUGCAGUUGAACACAAUCAAUGGUACACGGUGCAGCCCAGCAAAAGCGUUUCUAGUUCCGGCCAAGCAUCGACCAAAUCUGGAUGUAAUCAAGCAUGCCCUAGUAACGAAGCUCGAGUUUGAUGUGAAUCAACGGAUAUCAGCAGUUCGGUUUAUACUCACUCAACAUAACACUGCUUCAGGAGGUCACAAAAAUGAGCUGGAAGUUAAGGUGAGAAGAGAAGCAAUCGUUUCUGCCGGGGCAGUAAACACGCCGCAACUUCUCAUGUUAUCGGGCAUUGGACGUGAAGAAGAUCUGAGCGAGCUCGAUAUUUCAGUCGUGUCAGAUGUCCCGGUUGGACGUAAGCUCCAGGAUCAUGUAAUGGUGCCGUUGUUCUACCGAAUCUACCGUUCUACAGCCAGAGACUUUGACCUCAACCGUGACAUUGUGGCGCACUUGUACGAUUACCUGUUGCAUCGGAACGGCCAGCUUACCGAGCCUGGAAUCAACGCAUUCAUAGGCUUUAUAAACACAGCCAACCAUUCCGAUCCGUAUCCCAACAUACAAUAUCAUCAUUUGUACUCGCGCAAACGAUCAGAUGUCGCCGGGCGGUGGAUAAGAAAGAUGGUUCGGGAUGGACCCGUAAGCAACUUUAUUGAAGACGCUAACAACGAAGCGGACUUACUUGGCGCGUUUGUUAUUUUACUCAAGCCCAAAUCGUGGGGCCGUAUCCGAUUACGCUCGGGAAAAGUCUGGGAUAAACCAUGGAUUGAUGCCGGCUAUCUUACCCAUCGCCACGACAUGCAAACAUUGCGCGAGGGGAUCCGCGCACAUCUCCGCAUCUUGGCGACAGAAGCCGCCGAACGGAUGGAAGCAGAGCCGGUACGGAUAGAUCUACUCGCUUGUCGGGAGGAACAGUACGACUCGGAUGCAUAUUGGGAGUGCUAUAUUAGAGAGCUAUCGCUAACGCUCUACCAUCCGGUGGGAACUGCCAAAAUGGGUUCUUCCGACGAUCCAGACACGGUAGUUGAUUCGAGACUGCGCGUCAGAGGAGUGAAAGGGCUACGAGUAGUCGAUGCCAGUGUCAUGCCCGAUAUUGUAAGUGGCAACACGAAUGCAGCAGUCAUCAUGAUUGGUGAGAAAGCAUCGGACAUGAUUAAGGAGGAUAAUGGAUGGAAUAUAUAG